AUGCAAACAGAUCCUUUCUCAUCCAGUAUCAAUGAAGAUAGAUUUACUACUCAAAAUCUCCAAAAUGCACAAGAGAAUUAUUCCCAAGAAUAUAUGAGCAGUACUUAUUAUGAUGGACAAUUUGUAAUAAAACCAGUUGAACAACCAAAUACUCAAAUCUACAAUUACAAUCUAAGUGCUCAAGAGAUAGGUUCUAAAGGGGACUCUCCUAUACUACAAAACCAACCAUCAGAAGAGGUAUCUGGUAAUUGCUGUGGAGAAGAUAUUUUACAAAACAUCGAAGUCAUUCAGAAAUUAAUCAAUGAGUUUAAAAUUUGUUUUGCGAGCCGUGGUGAAGCUCUAACUCAAAAGAUUUUCAGUCUUAUGUUAAAAGUUCUCUCUGAAAUGGUUUCUGUGAUAAACGGUAUUCGGUCACAGGAAUACCCUUCUUCAAUACUUUUUAAUGAAACUGGUAGUUCAGAAAAGACUGAAUUUAUUGAAGAUGAUUAUAGUAGUUCAGAAAAGACUGAAUUAACUACUGAUAAUCAAACUAAUAAUAGUUCAAAUGAUACUACUACAGAAGAGGCUAAUGAUAUUGACGAUACCACUAACGAUGAUGAACUUAGUGAUGACAGUAUUAAAUCGACUAGUACUAAUACAAAGAUCUCUAAACAUAAAGCCAUUGCAAGUGUGCCAACAAAAACAUUAAAAGAUUCAUUUAACGUUAUAGCACCUAUUCGUAUGAAAAAGGUUGCUGAAAUGAUUUCUAAAAAAGAACCACAAGAGCUAUUCUGCUACUCGACAGCAGACAAAACAAUUAAAAACAAAGAGGUUAGAAAGCAAAUAAUUAAUGCAAUGACAAGUGGUAAUGAUAUAUCUUUGUUUAUUCUUUCAGAACAUACUUGUGUUGCUACAUUCUCAAGAAAAAAAGCUGUGGCAAAUGAUGAUUGGAAUCAGGAUGAAAUGUUUAGACUUUACCAAUUUAUGAGGAAUGAUAAAGAAUGUUCUUUAGUGUUAGAGAAUGAUGAAAAGAAAAGUUAUAAUUUUUGCGGGGACUCUCACGGUGAUAUUCUUAGGGUCUACUGUGCGUUUUCUAUUACGGAAACAUUGGACAUAAAUUUCAGACCUGAUGAUGAAGAUUUUGAUCUGCCUUAUGAGGUUGUAUCAGGUGAUGAAGGCGUUAAAGACGUUAAAAGUCUUGAGGGUAACUCAACAGAACAUAGAGAAAAAAUUAAACAAAUACUUAUCGUAAAAUGGGUAGACUCUAAACAGUCUUCAAAUAAGUAA